AUGGAGAACAGUAGCAGGUCCUUCCUGUGGCAGGCAAGAGCUUCCAGUGAAGUCUUCCUGCCAGUCCUUUUCUUUUCCUCUCUUUUCCUGAACAGUGUGAGACGUCAAGUGCAGGUACCCGAUUGGACGGUGAUCAAGGCCGGCUCUGUGGCCUACCUGAACCACGUGAAGCAAUGGGUUCGGGAGAACCCGGUGCAAGCGUGUGCAGUGGCACUCAGUACCCUGGCCGUCGUGACCGCCGUUCGCAGGUCUUUCCGGAAACGAUGCUGCACUCAAAAGCAAAGAGCCAGAGACUUGAUCAAUAAACGUGUGAGACGUCAAGUGCAGGUACCCGAUUGGACGGUGAUCAAGGCCGGCUCUGUGGCCUACCUGAACCACGUGAAGCAAUGGGUUCGGGAGAACCCGGUACAAGCGUGUGCAGUGGCACUCAGUACCCUGGCCGUCGUGACCGCCGUUCGCAGGUCUUUCCGGAAACGAUGCUGCAAUCAAAAGCAAAGAGCCAGAGACUCGAUCAAUAAACGGUGUCGCGACAGUAUAUGCUGCCCUAAUAAUGUUCCUGUUCAUGCAAGUCAGUCACUGAAGAGGAAGACGAGUAAUAAGGAAACUACGAGCAGCUGCAACACUUCGACAUGUGCCAGUAGAGCCAACAGUCGGACUUGCUUUCCUGAGCAAAAGCCUAAAACGGUUCAAGCUGCAACAAGUACUGGACAGAUUCUCGUUCGACGUCCGGAAGAAAAAAAUCUGUGCACAAUGAAACCCUCUUCAUUCAGGCCACCUUUUUACUAUUGCGAUCAACAACAACUGCAACAGUGCCACGAAGUGACAGCUUUGCAGGCCCUGGAAACAGGCUUGGCUCGACUUCGCGACAAACUCGCCACUUCCGGUCGCAUCGUCAGUGAGCAACUCGACACCGCGGAAGAGAAGCAGGCCUUUGCCCUCUUGUCCACGCUUCUCGACACGCCGCAAGUUAUUGAAUGCCCCGCCGAAAUCGCCAGAGUGUCGAGAAAAUUCGUGACGGUGACGUCGCAAGAGGGUUGCUUGGAUCCCUGGCUGGAUUCGGGACUGACACCCGACGUCGGCGACUGUUUGUGGUCCAGGUGCGACUUGAAUUCGACGACGACGACGACGAUGCCUUCGUAUUGCGUCGGACUGCGACAGGAAUCGAAUUUCGAUGCCGGCUUUGCAAUGUACAAUCCGACAAAAAAGGACCUCAAACAUUUGUAUCAUGAUGAAGACUUUGUGCUGGGACCCAAAGGAGACUGUUCCAGGACCUCCACUAAUAACUUUGAAAGCGCAAGUGGAGUCAACAGCGGAUCUCGAAGUGCAGUUCUUAUUCAGCGCCCUUGUCAUCAACUCCAACGUAAAACCGGCUGGAAAAGUCCCCAAUGUCGCACAUUCCACACCACCGAGUCAGACUCUUUUUUGGAAAUGUGCAAAAAUCCAGGGAAUCGCCGGAAGGGCGUCAGCAGCAUGAGCAAAACGGUUUUGCAGCACCCUCAGCGAUCCAACAGCGAAUCCUUCCGAUCCACUGCCCCGGACUACCUUCGCUUUGGUUCUUUCGAGAGACCAUUCGAAGCCCUUUGCAGAGCAGUCAACACCAAGAAACGACAUUCCACUGUCUGGAGUUGCGAUGACGAGAUCGUCAGCAGCAGCAGCAGCACCAGUAAUUGCAUCACCGACGACGACGAUGACGUGACACCCGUUUGCGAGUCCGGUUCUUUUCUCGGUCUCAACAAUAAUCAUGACCGUGAUGAUAUCCUAGCAUUUCGAGACUAUGAGUAUGGUAUGAAACGGGAAAAUGACGUACCCCUUGGAGCUAUCGUGUCGAUCCCGAGAAUCAAGUGUGCCCAGUACCAGCCGUCGAGAACUGGUUCGCUCUGUGUGUCCUCGGUGUCGUGCUCUGUGCAAGAAUCGGUGGCGCAGCAGAGAAAAGGUGACAACGAUGACGACACGUGCAGUUCGGUGGCGACCGAUUUGGAUGAUGAUGACGGUGGUGGUGCUGACGACCAUGUGGCAACUGGAAAUAAAUGGCAGAUACGAACACAGAAUGUUGCUCAAAACUCUGCAUUCCAUGGCGAUGAAAUGGCAUCCAAUUCCUCAUCUCAUUCAAAUCAUCAGAUACUCCACUCAGUCAGCUCCAGCAGUGUGUCAGAUCAUCUCUGCCCUCAUCCCACUGAAAACACUUCAACAUCCAAAACAACAUCUCACACAAGUCCAGACUUUGUGGCCAGUUAUGGAGGUCCUCAGCAAGAAAAGCUAAGCUUUUGCUUGCCAGUCAGGGGACCACACCAUCAUCAUCAUGAUCAGAACCAUGACCAAAAAGUGUCCACUGAUGAGAGUAUCACAUGGUUUGAGACUGAAGCAGUUCAGCCGUUUUGCAAUGAUCAAGAGCACAAAAGCCCCUUGAGUCUUAUUAUGCGCGGACUCGCGGCGCCGUUUGUUCCUCAUCCCAUUGUGGAUCAGGAUGAGGAUGCAGAGGACUUGAUUGACGUAAUGCACACUUACUCUGAUUGUCAUGGUCAGCAUUGGAUGGGGAAUGAAGAUCCGCUACGCCAGUCCGCUCCGUUUGUUCCUCAUCCCAUUGUGGAUCAGGAUGAGGAUGCAGAGGACUUGAUUGACGUAAUGCACACUUACUCUGAUUGUCAUGGUCAGCAUUGGAUGGGGAAUGAAGAUCCGCUUGUACAAGGCAACCAGGAAAAAUCAUCCCUCAGUAAUAAUAACAAUGGCCGCUCGAACAAGGGCGACGUUAUUGGCGCCCACACUCGUUGGGCGGCCGGUCAAGACGCCAGUCCGCUGCCCACGAUGAGCCCAGCAGUGAUGGCGGCAUCGGCGCCACUGCUGCUAACCAGCGACGAUGACCCGACCCGCGGCGCCGCCCCGGCUGCACUGCGGUGUCUCCGGCGGGCGUGCAGCUGGCUCAAGGGCGCCCAAUCCCGCCCGGACGUGGCGCCGCGCUUGCGAGGCCUGGGCGCCGCUUCCGCCGAAACCGUGGCGUCUUGUGCGUGGCACGUGCCGUUUGAUGGCGCCGAGGCGCUCUUGGAUGCUCUGCUCCGCUUUUUCAUCGAGCCUGAGGAAGGGGAUGCGACUGCGAGUGACGCCGAAUGGCUGACGACGUUCGGGUGGAAAGGCAGAGGUUUUAAAACUUGCAGUCGCUGUUGUUUUCAGUCCUUUGACUCGGGAGAAUUGCUGAUACCAAUGCUUAGAGUGAGCGCUUGGAGCCGCGAAGGGUUCGCGCAAAAAACCUUUGGUUUGGAGGAAUGGGUGGCGUCGCGGUUUUUGCAAAGUGGGCUAACUUACAAGUGCCCGAGACGCCGCGGGCGGUUUUGCCGGACGCCGCACGAAUGGCGCCUCGUGUUCAAGGCAGAGCGGGCGCCAACAGUGGCGGUGCUGUCGGUGGUCAAAGACCGAGCAUCCGUCUUCCGCAUCCCGGCUGAAUUUUUCGCACCGGAAGUUGUUGGGUUCAGGUCCCCGAGACGGGUGCACUACUCACUUCUGGCACUCAUGUUCGAGCACUAUCAGGGAACAAGCGACGACUGCGUGGCAGUGUCGUGCAUCCGCGACGGCACCGGCGACGGCUCCAGUUGGACAUGUCGAUGCGCCGACAAGUCGUGGACGGCGGUGAAUCCCGACGGCUGCUGGCUGGCGACGCCGCCCAUUUCCCGCGUCAUCUUGUUCUACGGCUCCGAACCUCGGACCAAGGACAUGUUCCAGCUUAAGAUGAGCUCCAGGUCCUGGACUUCCUCAGGGUACUAUACAUUAGCACAUAAACGUAUAUAUUAG